UCGACUGUUGGAUGUGCGGAUCUUUCGUUUAACGAGAAGGAAAGGCAGUGAAGCUAGUUCUCGCGGAAUGCAGUGAAGUUGAAGUUAAAUUCAGUGAGCCAUGGUUUUCUGUUAAGUUUAGCAAGUACUUCUCAGCGAACGUUCGGUUUUCUUUUCUCGGAUUCGAUAUGGUCAUUCAUUUCACUAUUUGAAAAGGCUUCGUUCAGCCACGCGAAAAUGCGGGAGUUUUCGAUUCUCGGGUUCAAGGACCUGUGUUUAGCCUUUUUAAAAAGCUAAUUCGUAUGUUAAUCGCCGAUUUAUGGAUGAAGAAAGCUAAGCAACAAGACCCUCAAAAGUGAUCUCUCAUCAAGACUCCGAUCUAUUAGUCAACAAUAGAUAAAGCUACAACAGCGAAUCUCCCGUCACAGUAAGAACCAAUGCUCGGUAUAGUCGGUCGACAUUGUUGUUAUCAGCGGUCAGGAAUUGGUAGCAACGCGCUUAUAACAUCAGGUCACGUCGUCUGUGGAACGUCAACGUAUCUUGCAGUGCGAUUAUUCACCUGCUGAUCCUUCGCAACGCUGAAUAAAUGUAUGGAGGAGGAAAACACGUCUUCGUCUAUCACGGCUCAUGGGCAACAUAUCGCUCGGAACCAGGGAAGUUCAACGUAAGUGACUUCGAUCCCAAGCUAUGUGAUCAUGCAUUGUACGCAUUUUUCGGCAUCGAUGCGAGCGGUUCGGUGAUAAUUUUGGAUCGCUGGCUCGACCUAGAGGAGGAUGGCGGACGGGGUAACAUUCGUCGUUUCAACGAGUUGAAACGUGACAAUCCAUCGCUCAAAACACUGGCCUCCAUUGGAGGAGACAAAGUUCCGUCGUCAAUCUUCUCGCAAGUGGCAGCCAGUUCCAGUCUGCGAUCGACGUUUGCCAGCAAUGCAAAAAGGUUGUGUCAGGAGCAUGGCUUCGAUGGCGUGGAUAUAGACUGGGAAGUUCCUAGUAGUAGCGAUCGUUGCAAUUUCGUUCAGUUGCUGGCAGCGUUGGCGAGCGAACUGCAUGGCGCCGGGCUUAUCUUAACGGUGGCCGUCGCUGCAAGCGAAUUCAAAGCGGCGGAGUCAUACGAUAUUGCUGGUAUCGCGCGUUACGUAGAUUACAUCAACCUUAUGACGUACGAUUACAACGGCUCCUGGGACAGUUACACUGGCCACAAUGCUCCGUUGUAUGUCGGCCCCUCAGAUACAACUGACUUCCAACAAAAGCUGAACAUCGACCAUAGCGUAAAGUACUGGCUUCGCCAAGGUGCUCCGGCCCACAAACUGAUACUGGGCGUUCCGGCAUAUGGAAGAACGUUCCGACUUUCCAACGCACAUAGCCAUGGGUUACGGGCUGCAUCGUGCCAGCCAGGAUACGCAGCACCGUGUAGCAAAGAACCUGGUAUCAUUACGUACUAUGAAGCCUGUAAGAACUUGCAGAAUGGUUGGACCAGAGCAUGGGAUCAUACGCAGAAGGUACCGUAUGCAUAUUGUGGUGACCAGUGGAUGAGCUACGAUGACAGCGAGAGCAUUGCUGACAAGUGCAAGUAUGCUGUUAAUCAGAAUCUUGGAGGAGUAAUGAUGUGGACUAUCGAUAUGGAUGAUUUCCGUGGCCAGUCUGGGCGUAGUUACCCUCUGCUGAAGACGAUCAAUCAGUGCCUGGGGCGUUGAAAAGAAGAAUACGCGAUUGCUGUAUAUGCUCCCAUAUCCACAUUUUACACGAACUAAAGCUCACUACUUACUUACGAAUGCCAACAAGAUGUAACGCAUGUACUACCAUUAUUUAAAGAAUAAAAAAUGUUAAUAAAUGGUA